AAUACGAGGGCGGUGCCAUUCUUCUUCCCAUCGGUUCCCUUCCAUUGAUUACAUUUCUCUGAUUCGCUUAAUCCCACAACGAAUUAGUGAAAGAAAAAUGGUAGUCGAAGAGACGAUCAAGGCUCCAUCGGCGGAAGAUCUCUCCAAUUCCAUUGGAAAUCAAAACCCUAGGGGACGAGGUGCUGAGGAAGAUGAGGAACUUGAGGAAGGAGAGAUCGUCGGCGCCGACGACCUCGACGCGUCCAAUUUAUCGGCGGCGAUAGUGCACCAGCCUCACCCAUUGGAGCACUCUUGGACCUUCUGGUUCGAUAACCCUUCUGCCAAAUCUAAACAGGCCACAUGGGGUGCGUCUAUCCGACCGAUUUAUACCUUCUCUACUGUUGAGGAGUUUUGGAGUGUUUACAACAAUAUUCAUCAUCCAAGUAAAUUGGCAUUGAGAGCAGAUUUGUACUGCUUUAAACAUCACAUUGAGCCAAAAUGGGAGGAUCCUGUUUGUGCGAAUGGAGGGAAAUGGACUGUUAACUUUUCAAGGGGCAAAUCCGAUAAUGGCUGGCUGUACACGCUGCUUGCUAUGAUCGGAGAACAGUUUGAUUGUGGCGACGAAAUUUGUGGAGCAGUUGUUAAUGUCAGAUCUGGGCAGGAUAAAAUAUCGAUUUGGACAAAGAAUGCUUCCAAUGAAGCUGCGCAGGCAAGCAUUGGAAAGCAGUGGAAGGAGUUCCUUGAUUACAAUGACAGCAUUGGCUUUAUAUUCCAUGACGAUGCAAAGAAACUCGACAGACAUGCGAAGAGCCGGUAUACAGUAUGAUCGGGUAUGGCAGGAGGAUACUCGUCUGUCCUAAACGUGCAAAGCAUGCUCUGCAUCAGCAUGUUAAUAUUAGUUUGAGUUGUGGCUUCUUCUUUCUUUAGUUUCAACCCCUCCCCCUCAAGCAAACACACCACCUAGUGUUGAACAAUGUUUUGUGCCGAUUUGAUUUGGAAUUUUUGUGUUGGAAUCGCCAUUGCUGCACAUUACAAGCACCUGAUCUCAGAUUCUUGUUCUGUACUUGACAGUUCUAGCAUGAGAUAUGGAACAGGAUGAUGCUCCUCUACAAUCAAAUGAUGUUUUAGUUUGAUCCGAAU